GUGCAGACCUAGUCCCUGCCUCCCUCUUCAGAUACCUGGUGCCCAUUGGCCGACUGUUUGGGGUCUGCGCGGUGGUUGCAGAACGGAGUUCAGGCGGCAGGAUGAGGGUCGUGUGUGAGCAUGGCCAUUCAGACUGUAGAAUUCACCGGACGACUCAUCAACUGAUUGUCCCAAAAGAGGCUGAAGAUGCUGUCCUGCAAGGUUUGCCCUAGUCAUUGGCCUGUAGCCACAGUCUGACUCUGGUUGCCGGGAUGACGCAUACUUUAUUCACUCUUGCUUCUGGCCACACAACUGCCCUGCUACCUUCCAGCUGCUUGAGAUCCUCCAGCUUGACUCCCUGUCUGUUCACGGGCCGGGUGGAGCUUCCAGCUUGGACUAGACCCCCAUGGAUCCACCCCAGAAACAGAGCCCAGCGCUGGCUGCUGACGCCACCCAGACAUCCACGGCAGAGACUUCAGGGGACGGCAGCGCCACCUGUCAGCCCCCCUCCACAGAGCAGCUCGUGAGGGGCCUGGGGAAGCUGCUCCCCAGAGCCGGCCCCAGCCUCCCUGCGCCGCUCCCAGAGGGGCUGCUGCAGCAGCGGUACAGGGAGGGCAAGACCCCCCCGCAGAGGCAGUGGGACAGGCUGCCAGUCUCCCAGAGGAAGACGGCAUUCCUGGGGCACCUGAGACGCAGGCACCGUGACCACAUGGCACCUUACCCGGUCGCUAGGGAGAACAGAGUCUCUCCGUCAGGUGACAGAGCUCAGAAUCGGUUCCGCUGUGAAUGUCGGUACUGCCAGAGCAAUGAGACAAGUGUGUCUGGGCUGUGCAGGGAGAGGAGCGGGGCCUCGUGGGAGACCCUGGUGCAGGGCCUCAGUGGCUUGAGCCUCAGCCUGGGGAGCAGCCAGCCUGGCCACCUGCCCCAAGGGGCCCUCCAGCAGCAGCAGCUGAAGCAAGAGGAGAAGUGCCAGCUCGAGAGGCAUCAGGAAAGCAAGAGAAUGUUCCACAGGCUGCUGAAGCAGUGGUUGGAUGAGAAGUGAGGCUCCCGGGGCGGGCACCUGCAGGAAUCCAGGCAGGGAUGCUGUCCUGCCAGUCCUGGGUGUGGGUCCCACUGGGGGACCAAGCGAUUUGGGGCUGCCAUGGAAGGGGACCAAGACCUGUGUUUGGUCUGGAAAUCCCACGAGCAUGUGCUGAGACCUAGUCCCGGCAAAGGGCCGUGUCGGGCCUGUGUGUCAUUUGUGGACGCCCUGAGGUGUUAGUGAAGGGCACUGCGUGCCAGCAGCCCCGCCUCCUGGGUUCUGACCCCCGUGAUGCAUGUGUCAUGUUCCCGCUCGCUAUCUCUGCCCUGCCUUCUUUGUCACCCAGACAGAAGGUGUCUGGGUAGUGUGACUGCCUUGUUGAUGUGCCUGCACUGUGCCGUGUUAUCCGCUGCCUGCCAGGAGCAGCGCUAGAUCUGUUGCCGUGCAGUGUUGUGCUGAGGUGCACAUUCAAGAUCUGGAGCUAAGCAAGGUACAGGAAGGGGAAGUGUAAUUGAACUUGCUGGUCCCCCAUUGUGUGGUUGUGUGCACUUGGAUGAGCUGAAUGUGAGCAAACCUUUCCCUGCUCCUUAACCAUCGAGGAGUAUUUGCCCUCGUGGGAACUUCUGUUGGCCUGUGUCACAGUCAAUACUAAAUAAAUAGAAUGCAGCUUUCUCUGUCAA